AUGGAUGACAUAAGUGCUGCUACUUUGCAGUAUAUUGCUACUUUACGAGAACAGGUAGAACAACUAGCUGAAGAGAGAACUCCAGAAGGCUUACCAAGAGUUUCAAAGGCUGUCUUGAGUGAUUAUUCAGAGAAGAUUGAAGCCAUUGCUUCCAAAUUAGCUGCUCCACCACCUGAUAUUCAAGCACCCCAGGAGUCUCUUGCAAGAAUUUCUGUCAAAGCAAACUCUUCUGAUACAGGAGACAAUCAGUUUCCCCUUUCUCCAGGCCUGAGAAGGAGAUUCGUGCCUACCUCAAACGAAGAUGGAACUCGUGAGACUCGUAGUGUUGAUUCUUCAGCGCCUGUCAAACUGGAUGCUGCAGCCCAAGCACACAUUGAAAAGCAUAGAAAGCUUCAAGAGGAUUUGACCGAUGAAAUGGUGGGAUUGGCAAGGCAACUUAAAGAAAGUAGUCUCAUGAUGAGUCACUCUCUGAAAGACACUGAAAAGAUACUUGAUUCUACAGAGAAGGCUGUUGAAAGUAGCUUGGCAAGCACUGGUCAUGCCACUACACGGGCGGCGGAUAUAUACUCGAAGACGUCCAAAACUACGUGUUUCACCUGGCUUGUAAUGUUUGUAAUGACAUGUGUAUUCGUCAUGAUUGUACUUUUAAUUCGUGUCACUUGA